AUGGAUGAGGAAAGAACAAGACCAGCGGAACUGGACCAGGAGAAGUAUGACUCGGCCGAGAACGUCAAGAUCAUCUGCCUCGGGGACAGCGCCGUGGGCAAGUCCAAGCUCAUGGAGAGAUUCCUCAUGGAUGGAUUCCAGCCCCAGCAGCUGUCCACCUAUGCUCUGACCCUGUACAAACACACGGCCAAUAUAGACGGCAAAACCAUCCUUGUGGAUUUCUGGGACACAGCAGGGCAGGAGAGGUUCCAGAGUAUGCACGCUUCCUACUACCACAAGGCACACGCCUGCAUCAUGGUGUUCGAUGUGCAGAGAAAGGUCACCUACAAGAACUUGGGCAGCUGGUACUCGGAGCUUCGUGAGUUCCGCCCUGAGAUCCCUUGCGUCGUGGUGGCCAAUAAGAUUGACGCCGACACCAAGGUAACCCAGAAAAGCUUCAACUUCGCCAGGAAAUUUUCACUGCCUUUGUAUUUCGUCUCAGCUGCUGAUGGCACCAAUGUUGUGAAGCUCUUCAAUGAUGCUAUUCGUCUGGCGGUUUCUUACAAAGAGAAUUCCCAAGACUUCAUGGAUGAGGUUUUACAAGAGCUUGAGAACUUUGAGCUAGAGAAGAAGAUGGAGGCCGUGUCAGAUCUGGAACAGAGUGACAUCCUCGUGGAUCUUCCAUCUCCCUGAGUCACUUUCUGUCCUCUCCCUCUCCCCACAACCCCAACACCCUAAGGAGAGUUGACUUUUCCCAAGCAACCUGGGGUCUACUACUCCAGCCUUUCUAUCUUUCCUGUGCUAACUCUCCUCCUCCUCCCUCUCUGCUUCUUACUCAUGCCCAGCUUUCCCAACAUUGGGAUAUGGAAGGAGGAGCACUGAGGCCCCUAUCCCAGCGGGAAUGGAGGAGGGUCAAUACCAGGCCCCAUCCUGGAGACAGAGCAGUGAUGAAGAAUCUGUACCCACCACACACACACAUCCCAGCCUGGGGGAAGUCAUUGCCAGUCAUCAACACCACCAGGACAAGAAAUAGGGGGUCAGUACCAUGCCCACCCUAUUUGGAGGUGGGGGGCAACAGGUGGAAUGAGGCGAUGUUUUAUGUAUCCACCUGAAGAACAGAAAAUUAAAUAUUUUGUUUUCAACAUUCA